CAGGCCGAGCUCAGUGCGACCUGGUGAGGUUGUCACGCGGAGGACGAAGCCCAGCACUGAUGGGACAGAGACUCUGCAAGUGGUUUCAGUCAACUGCGGAGACGCAGGAGGCCUCCGGCUCGAGGGGGCCAGCAUGCGUGCUCUGCGGCCGAGUGGAUCAGGACUCGAGCAUCCUUGGGGAAAUGGAAGAGCACCGUGGAUUCUGUUUCCAUAAGUUUUGUGUGAUAUUUAUCAAUGAUCUUUGUGAAGAUGUGGGAGACCACACUGGCCUAUAUUUUUGGAUUAAAGACCUGAUACUCAAAUUGAGGGAGGCAGAACAGACGCUCUGCUUUGUUUGUGGCAAGCGCGGGGCCAGCAUCACCUGUGCAGAGCCAGGCUGCAACCGCAGCUUCCAUCUCCCCUGCGCUUCCAAGGGUGAAUGCGUCACCCAGUACUUUGGAGAGUUCAGGUCCCUCUGCAUGGAGCAUUGCCCACAGCAGGCAGUGGAGGCAGCGCCGGCGCAGGACACGACCUGCAUCAUCU